UUUUUUCUGGAAUCCGUUUUUUUUUUAAAUAAAUAUUUAUAAACAGCAACUGUUCUCUUAUAAGAUGCAGACGAGUUGUGCUUUACUCUGUAUCUCGCUCUUUGUCUUUACUGCACAUCUGUCAAGGAUCCAUGGCAUGACCCUCACGAAUCCAGAGAAAAAGGGAUGGACUCUGAACAGUGCUGGGUACCUACUAGGACCUUAUGCUCACAGAAGUCUUAAUGUAAGACACAGACCUACGGGCAAAAGAGACAUGUGGAAUGAAAGUUCAAGCUUACCAGCAUCUUCAUACAAUGAUUCCUAUCUUCUCUCACUGCUGGGUCAUCUUGCAUAUCUGCGAUUAAAAGAAAUGGGAAUGACUGAAGAUUUCAGUGGCUCUUUAAUGAGUGGCCAUAUGAAGCAAUAA